AUGGCCUCUCCACGGGACGGUUAUGUUUCCGACACGAGCCCCAAGCCCUACGACCAGAUCAUCGUCCUAUCGCAAAAGGUCAUCAAUAAUGGCUUCAAGAACAUGUGGAAGAUUGCUCAAGAUGACCCUGACUCCCCGUUGAACUAUUUCGAGAAGACAAUGCACGGCGAGGAAAUCAAGGCAUACAUCGGAGUCCCCUCCGUGCGGCUACACGUCGAAAGUAGAUUACCAAUGUUGUACUUCAAAUUGGCCUUUACCAAGGGUACAUUGAAAGUCUAUGAGAGUGAUGACAGCGAGGAGAUGAUUGACUUCGAUGUCAAGGACUGGGUCCUCGUUUUCAAUGUCGACAUAAACCAGAAGCUACUUUCAAAGGACUCGGACGAGUAUAAACAGUUCAAGCAUCGAGCAGGCCUCAGCGAGUCCAAUUUCUCCCUGGCGCAGCUUUAUGUUGAUGCUUCAGCGAGCACUCAAUUGAACGAGGAGUUGACCAGCCUUGGCGAUAAAACUCUGGCCGAUUUGGCCUCGGCUUCAAGGUCAAGCGUGACCGUGUUCAUUGAAAAGUGGAUUACUAGCAUGCGCGACAAGGGCGAGAGCGUCCUGGGGUUCGCGGCUCAACGAGACGAUAGCACCGGUAGCGGGAAGGUCGAUGGCCCGAAGCAAGAUGGCGCAGAUGCCAAUGCUCUCUCCUAUCUCCUGACCACUGACUUUAAAAAUCCUCCGGCAGAAGGUGCUAUCCCGUACAGUGGUCCGUGGGUCGAUGGUGAUACCCGGCUUGGUGCCUUCUGCAUGAGUCGGGAUCUAUUAUGGCCGUGGCUGCUGCCACUCUUGAGAAAGCUGGUCCUGGCCAUGACUCCGGUACCAGAGUUACCGCACUGCGUGUGGAAGGGCACAGAUGAAGAUCUCCCAUAUGAGACGGGUCCUCGAUAUCACGUCGGGGAGGAUUCGCCUCUCGACACGGACUAUCAUUGGAAGGAGCACGAGACGCAAAAGUCCCGCUGGGGAAUGAGUGCGACCAGAAAGGAGGAGAGCAAUAAGGCAUUUAAGCCCAAUCACCACGAAGACAACAUGAAAGCCACCGAAUGGGUCGACGAUGUUGAAGCGUCUGUUGUAUACGAGGCCGGAGCCGAGAGGCUCACAUUGCAAGGGUGCAGCACGUUUGAGUAUGAUUUGUACCAUGACAGAACCGACUAUGAUCCCACAGACUUUUACACCUAUAACAGCAUCGAGUGGAAGAUUGUGCUUGAUAUGACCAGCAUUGAAGAAGGGGGACUUAUCUGGGAGGCUGGCAGCACUGAAAAAAGUGUGGAUAUACAGUAUUAUGAAGGCGGGGACAUGAAGAUGUCUCAUACAGCCGAGGACCUGGCAAAUAAUAUCGCCUCGGAUCUGAAGAAAAACCUGGCUUUGGCGUUGAACAGGGAGACUGGAACGCUGGUCGAGGCGUUGGCGAAUGCAAAUCGUCUUUGUCUGCCUGGUGCAGGCACGUUCUUCAUGAAAGAUCCCAUUUUCAACCAGAAUGGCGAUAUUCUAGUCAAACUAGAAUAUGACGGGGCCGAUCCCCCACCACCUCCAAAGAAAGGCAAAUACAGAGUCUUGCCUCGAGAAUUGAAGACUUCGGUCCGUCGCGCCGAUCCAGAGGAGCACGCAGAGAUGGUCCGACGCCGGGAUCUGGCUCGUGCGAAGCAGUAG